AUGGUGGCCAGCACUAACCUAGAGCACAAUUCCAUGAUGAACGAAGACAAGCAGGCCACCAAGGCCGAAAGCUCGUGUUCCAAGAAAACGAAGCAUGGCACCAAAGUUGAAAGCUUGUCUUGCAAGAAAAGAAAAGAGUGUAUUAAGAAGAAGACAAUGGAACUAUCUGUGUUGUGUGGUAUCAAGGCUUGCAUCGUUGUUGUUGGACCAAGUGGGCAGGUUGAGACUUGGCCUAGAAACCCUGAUGAUGUGCGACAAAUCAUAGCCAUGUACAAAGAUUUGGCUGCCAAGAAAGGCUGCCAGAUCAAGAGGUUCUCUGAAUCAAGUGUCAAGGUUGGAAAGGCUGUUGAUAAUGCGGCAGAAAAGGCUAAGAUUGAUGAAGAUUUUGGUUCCAACAACGGCUGCAGAAAACAAGAGGAGAAGGGGGAAAAUAGUUCAUCAAAGGCCUUUGCUGAAGAUAUUGUAAAAGUGAUUAAUUCAAAGCUUGAAUCUUUGGAGAAGAAAAAGGGUUUCUUGAGUGAAAAUAAGGGUAAAGAAGUUGCUUAUUUUUAUGGUGAAGAAGAAACACUGCACGAGAAGUAUUUUACUGAAUUAUGGAACGUGCCGGAGGUGGGAGAAGCAUCAGAUUCCCAAGGCACUGGAAAACCCCAAUUAGGUGCAGCACCAGAACAGAGUGCCCCCUCUUUGGAAACGAUGUUCAAACAAAAUUUGUUUGAAAACCCACAAAUAUUUGGUGAUUCUUCAGACAAUUCUGAGAUGGGAUUAUUGGGAGGAGCAUCAGCUAAUCAGGAGAUUGUCCAACAUGUUCCUAUGCAGUUCAACUUCAACAGUUCUAAUAAUUUUGACGGUGGAAUCAAUUUAUCCAACUUAGGAAUCCAUAAUGUUCAAUUUCCCAACGUUCAAUUCCCUCAUCAAUUUCCCUGGUUUGACAGCAGUAAUUAUCAAACUGGAAUGUUGAGCGUGAUGCCUCAAUUGCAAGUCAUGAAUUUCCCUCAAUUACCAUUGAUUCAGGGCAUGAAUUUAUCUGGAUUACCAUUGAUGCAAGGCAUGAAUUUCUCUGCAGGACCAUCGAUGCAAUCCACUACGCUUGCGCCUCACCGGUUUGAUGAAGGCAGUCUGCCUCAGUUGUGUCCACUGCCACUGCAAGCUUUUGGACCUGAAUACCAUUCACCGCAGCCCUUAACUUACAACCCUUCUUCUUCCUCUUGGCAGCAAUAUCAAUUUUAA